UUAACCAAAUCAGCAUCUCCAACUCCUUCAGUUGUCAGCAAAAUUAUGGAACCUGUGGGAACCAUAUUGUCUGAAGGAGAAUGGAGUUCUUUGAGUGGAACAUGUUCUACUGAGGAAGCUGAUUUCAUGGCACAGUUGUUUGGUAACUGUCCAAAUGAGCUACCUAACAGUUCUAACAUUCGACUUCCCAAUUUUUGGACUGGUCAUGAUCAAUCAAGCAUGAACGUAGGAGGAUUAACUAACCAGGUUCCAAUGUAUAAUUCUUCAGACGAGACUAAUAAUAGCAUAUACGUUUUUUCACAAGAAAGUACUGAUAAUAGUGGUGGUAGUGGCAUUCAUUUUCCCCAUUUUCACGCGACGUUGCUGACAAAUGAUAGUGUUGAAGAUAAAAUGAGUUACCCUUCUCAUCAGGUGCCUCCUAACAAUGUAAUCGAGGCGGAUGCAAUUGAUUUUUUGAACAAAGAAGUAUGCAAUGGAAGUAUGGAAUCAGGUGAAAAUAUGCCUGAAUCUGAUCUUCAUGGAAAAGGCUUACAGCUGGGAAGAGAAUAUGAUCAAAUGCAAGUUCGCGAACAAGAUCAUAAAAUGGACAGUUUAUCUGAAAGCUCUAAGAAAAGAUCCCGGUUGCCUACUAAUGAUGUGCCGAAGAACAAGAGAAGUGUAAAGCCAAAGAAGAAUAUGAAGAGUAUUGCUGAUGAUGAGAUUGGAAAUAAAGAAAACAAUAGUAAUGUGCUUCACAGGCAGAGUUCAUUUAGUUGCUGCUCAGAAGAUGAAUCUAAUGUUUCUAAUUAUGAUUUAUAUGGAUUGGCUUCGAGCGAUAACUCAAAAGGAGUUUCUGCGCCCCUCAACUCAAAUGGAAAAUCCAGAGCCAGUAGGGGCUCAGCAACUGAUCCCCAGAGUCUAUAUGCAAGGAAAAGAAGAGAGAGAAUUAAUGAGAGAUUGAGGAUCUUGCAAAGUCUCGUCCCUAACGGAACAAAGGUUGAUAUUAGCACCAUGCUUGAAGAGGCAGUCCAGUAUGUCAAAUUUUUGCAACUCCAAAUUAAGCUCUUGAGCUCUGAUGAUCUAUGGAUGUAUUCUCCCAUUGCAUACAAUGGAAUGGACCUUGGACUUGACCUGAAGAUUGGCAUUCCAAAUUCAUAAAUUGAAACUAAAGCUCAAGGCAUGGUUGUGGUGGAUUUCUAUAUUAGUGGAUUGAGAGCAUUAUCAU